UUUCCCUUUCGUGUUUCAUUUUUAUUUGCGUUACAGCGUGCAAAUAUUUGCAACAGUGUGUUUGCUCCUCAAAUAUGUAACUUGUCUUAGCAGUUUACUGAUCAGUUCUUAUUUACCCUCCAAAGUUGUCAGUGAUCUUAAAUCGCACUUUUACACUGGAUGUUUCCACACGAUCUGCCCUUGCCCUAGUACCUCACUGAUUUGAGCCACAGCGAGAAUGAGUUCGCCCCCGCGUAGAGCACUACAGGCAAAAACGUGCACAGAGGUUUAGAAAAGCAAGUGCCUGGAGCGCGAUGCGGGCGGACCCCGGAGGGGGCAGCUGAGUGCUGACUAUGCACAGUAAGUGCUCCUGGUCCAUACGCAAUUCUAGGCACGCUGUCCUUCGGAAAGGCCAAGGACGCGCCACCACCCGAAACCCACGGUGGAGACUGCCUGCGCGCGCUCGCUGGGGGCUGAGGACGCCCGGGGGGGUACGGCGGGGACGGCUGGGCGACGUCACUUCCGGCCGCGGCGGACCGGUUCGCGCUACGACCGCCCGGCUCGCGCUAUGACCACCAGCUCCGAGCCGCGGGGACAACGGCCCGGGGUCGGGGUCGGCGUGGUGGUGACCAGCUGCAGGCAUCCCCGUUGCGUCCUGCUGGGGAAGCGGAAAGGGUCGUUUGGGGCCGGCAGCUUCCAACUUCCUGGAGGUCACCUAGAGUUCGGUGAGACCUGGGAAGAAUGUGCUCAAAGGGAAACCUGGGAAGAAGCAGCUCUUCACCUGAAAAAUGUCCGCUUUGCCUCAGUGGUAAAUUCUUUCGUUGAGAAAGAGAAUUAUCAUUAUGUCACUAUAUUAAUGAAAGGAGAAGUAGAUUUGACUCAUGAUUCAGAGCCAAAGAAUGUUGAGCCUGAAAAAAAUGAAAGCUGGGAGUGGGUCCCAUGGGAAGAAUUCCCUCCACUAGACCAGCUUUUCUGGGCACUGCGUGGUUUGAAGGAGCAAGGCUAUGAUCCAUUUAAAGAAGAUCUGAACCAUCUGGUAGGAUACAAAGGAAAUCACCUCUACAUCACCAAGAAGGUUCUUUGAUUAAAAAAAACAACAACAAGACAAAAAUAAGGUCAAGUUAGAGAAUGAAAAAUAUCUACAUUUCAGAACAACUCCAUUUUAUCAAAAAAGUUCCAUGUGAUUUUUGUUUUACUUGUAUUUUCUUAAUAUACCCACCACCUCAGGAAAAGCUUUCUAGAAUGUGUAAUUAAAUUGCAUUUCAACCACAAAAUACAUAAUCAAUAGAGACA